GCAAUACAACGUAAGCACGCGUCGCGUCGGUACCGUUUCCGCGGACGUCUCGCAAACGUGUGCCGUUCUCAAACUUUUCCACCUCUUUGAAAGUUGGCUCGCAAACACUUUUAUCGGAUUAAAAAUAACGUAAACAUAUGGGCGUAGCGCAAGAAAAAUAAUUAGGACCGUUGUUGGCAAAUGGCGGCGAAAAAGGAAUAAACGAAAAUGUGGAACGUUACUUAGAGACGUGGUAAUUGAGGCACUUUGAUGCCAUGCCUCGGUGAAAAGGGUGGGCCAUGGCGGGCUUCCUACUCAUAUGGAUCUUAGUUUACCACCUCCCUCUGGCAACCCCCGAAUUACCAACUUUAAUUUUAUCCGAAAUGUGUUAUUAUCCCAUCAAUUUUGAUUAUCUCCAGCUACAAUUGGGCAACAACAGCUACAAAAUGGCAACGAGCGAAGAUAUUUGUAGCGAACAUCAAAGGAUAUUGGAAAUAAUAUCGAGCUCCAAAGAAUACGUUUUGGGGUCUUUGAAACCGUCUCUGUGUUCCUCGGCUUAUCUUAUGGCAAAAUUUCAUAACGUAACCCUGGUUACGUGGAACUGCCCUCAGAAUACAAAGGACGAUGAUGAGGCUGACGCUUACAGAGUUAGCCCAUCGGUAACGUACAUCGCCGAAACGUUCGCCCAAAGCGUCGCGCAAAUGAAAUGGCGAUCAAUUGCAAUCAUCUCAAGCGGAAUGGGGUGGUGGCCUAAUUUAUCACAAUUACUAGAUGUCCACUUAAGGGAAAUUGGUAUCAUUUCGCGUCAUUACUUCAUCAUUCCGGAGACGAUGACCGCACACGAAAUUCAACAAAAGAUAAGGAUUUUAAAGAGAAAUCCGUGUAGGGCUGUGAUCGUGUGUGCGCCCGUAAACGAAGUGGGUAGAACAAUUUUAACCGUUAUCGAUCAUUUAAAUUUAGCUAGGGAUCAUAACACAUUAACAAUCUUCGUGGAUAUCUCAUCGCUUCCGUCGUGGAUGUCAAGCUUGGGGGACGAAAUGAACGUCGCAAAUUCCACGGGCGAAUUUCAAAACUUAAACCUGACAAGGACGGAGAUCGACUUAACGACAAAGAGGUUCCUUUUGGUGUUUAGUGAGAACGUUUUUGGCAACAUUAGUUCAAAUUUUGUGUAUAAUAUAAGCGUCGAAAGCGUUCUGGUGCGACGAAUUAAACAUGCGACUUCCGUUCUGAAGGGCAGGAGAAUGGAGAACGCGAAGUUUGUGUUGUUGGAUUUAAGGGACGAGGGUACGUGGAGACCUUUGCUAAUAUCGGGUAGUAAUAGUGAUAAUGAAUUGGUUGUAAAUAAAAUUUUGGAUAAUUUGGAGGAGUGGACGCUCAAACAUAAAGAUAACGAUGAGUGCGAAGGCUGUGAAAGUGAAUUAAAGCAUCUUAUUAGUGUCCUAAUUAUAUUUGGAUGUUCGUUUACUUUUGUCCUAAUUUUGAUGGUGUUUGCCGCGUUAAUACGAAAACAAUUCUUAAAGAAGAAGCUGUCGAAAGGACCCUAUAAGGUUUUGUUGACUGCGAGCGAUUUCGUUUUUCCGCAGAUUCCAGACAGCCGUAGGUUAUCAAAGAUGUGUUCUGUCCAGGUAGACGAGGGCAUUGAAGCGAUGUUGUGUUGCUGGUUACAACAGCUUCAAGAAUUUGGAGGGCCGGAGGUGGACAAGCCCGACCUUCUCCAAGGAUCCGGCGGAUCAAUCCGUACGCCGCACAGAGUUGGGUCCAGCCCAAAUCUGGCCAAGCAACUGAUCGUCGAUCCGCGAGUUAGGUAUAAUGGAGAUUUGGUACAGAUGAAACCUCUACCGCCCAGCACAAUCGAACUGAAAGCGAAGGCGGUUGAGGUUUUAGUGAUGCUGCAUGGAUUACGGCACGAGAAUUUGAAUCCCUUAAUUGGUUGCCUUGCUGAACCUCCAAGAGCUGCGCUUGUGGCGGAAUGGUGUUCGCGCGGUUCACUUCAGGACGUACUUCAGCAGGACGAGAUCAAAUUGGAUUGGUCCUUUAGAUUAAGUUUGUUAACAGAUUUGGUCAGGGGGAUGAAAUAUCUUCACUCAACCCCGGUGCGCGUCCAUGGCUAUCUGACGUCGAGAAAUUGCGUGAUCGACGCAAGAUGGGUUUUAAAAAUUACAGAUUACGGUUUACCCACAUUUUACGAAGGCCAGGGUAUAACGCCACCGCAAAAGAGCGCAAGGGAUCUGUUGUGGUCCGCACCUGAGCUUCUCCGUCACGUAAAUUUAAGGAAAAAAGGCACUCAACCUGGCGACGUUUAUUCUUUCGGGAUAAUUUGCCAGGAAGUUGUCGUCCGCGGGGAGCCAUUCUGUAUGUUUGCCUUAACUCCUGAAGAGAUUAUCGAAAAGGUGAAGCGCCCUCCGCCACUAAUUAGGCCAUCGGUUAGUAAGGGAGCAGCGCCACCCGAAGCUAUAAAUAUCAUGCGACAAUGUUGGGCAGAGCAACCCGAUCUGCGUCCCGAUUUUAAUGCGGUUCACGACUUAUUUAAAAAAUUAAAUCACGGCCGCAAGGUGAAUAUAGUCGACACGAUGUUCCAAAUGUUGGAAAAGUACUCGAAUAAUUUGGAGGAGCUGAUACGUGAGCGAACGGAGCAGCUUGAUAUCGAAAAGAAGAAGACGGAGCAGCUGUUGAAUCGCAUGCUGCCAAGUUCAGUUGCCGAUAAGCUUAAGUUGGGAAUGCCGGUGGAUCCCGAAGAGUUUGAGGAGGUAACAAUCUACUUCUCCGACAUUGUAGGCUUCACCACCAUUUCCGCCCACUCGACCCCAUUUCAAGUGGUGGAUUUACUGAACGACCUUUACACCUGCUUCGAUGCGACAAUAAACGCGUAUAACGUCUACAAAAUCGAAACAAUUGGCGACGCAUAUAUGGUGGUUGGAGGACUUCCAGUCAGGGUACCGGAUCACGCUGAGCAGGUGGCAACUAUGGCUUUAGAUUUACUACAUCAAAGUGGUCGAUUUCGUAUUAGACACUUACCAGGGACUCCUUUGCGUUUAAGGAUUGGUCUACAUUCAGGUCCUUGCUGCUCGGGAGUUGUAGGCUUAACGAUGCCAAGAUAUUGCCUAUUUGGAGAUACAGUUAAUACGGCAUCUCGAAUGGAAUCUACAGGGGCAGCUUGGCGUAUCCAUUUAUCGGAGGCCACAAAGGAACGCUUGGAACGAGCCGGUGGAUACCAGCUCGAAUAUAGAGGGGCAACGGAAAUAAAAGGAAAAGGAAAAAUGCCCACGUACUGGCUUUUGGGAAAAGCCGGAUUUGUUAAAGUUCUGCCAACUCCGCCUUCAAUUGAGGAAAGCCAUGGACUCGAUGAAAGCUUGAUUGUGUGCAAACUCAACCACGUUAGCAAUAAUAUCCAAGUGGAAGAAAUGCUGCAACCAAUCCCAGAAGUCAGCAGAAUUUUACACGAAGACCACCCGGUGGUGGAAGUAUCAAAACCGCUGCAUUUGGACAAUACUUUUAUGCAAAAGAUGGAACAUUCGAAAUUUUCGUCCCUAAUGAAGAACACGGACGCCGCGACGCAGCGCGCCGAUUUUCACAUGGUCAAGAGCACGUCGAGCGAAACUCCAAUGUCUUUAGGUACGCCGGUUUCGGCGACGGAGGUGGCCGCUGCGCUUUUGGCCGUCUCCACCAACUCUCUGGGUGGCUUUCGUGGUCGUCAUCGUCCGGGGAGAUUACACGAGGACGACGAUCUCAGCACUCCCUACAACCAAUACAAGUGUUUAAGCCCGAAGGAGCGCGCGGGGAAGCUGUUGCGCAGGCAAUUUAGUUUGGACAAAACUGAAGAAGUAAGCAAUGAGUUUCUACACAGUCCCACACCGCGUCUUUGCAAACAGAGCUCGCUUGGAGUUGCCGAUCUGGAAAAGAUUGAGGAGGCAAGCGGAGUGAUCACACCGACGACUUCACCUUAUCAAUGUACCCUUUCUAUAUCUGUGGAUUCACUAAUACGUUAACUUUACUUCUGAUUGUGAUACCAAUCAUUUCCCUUUGACGAUUUCAUUUCGUUGUGUAGUGUGAUGAGUUAAACAACUUUCUAAGAACACCUUUCUAAGUGUUUUAGUGUAGCGAACCGUUAUACCUCUAUUACCCUUAUUUGAAGAAAUAUCACAAUAAAUCACGUAGACAAUCGUAAAGAGAAUCGUUAAUAGAAGAAGACUACCUGUUGCAAACGUUAUCAAAUGUUUAUGUGUUGUUAUAUAGAUUAUAUAUCAAUUAAUUUUUCUAAUUCUAUGUAAGUUUAACAAAAAGAAACUUAAACGUAUACCUUAUCUAAAAACUACGCACAUUUACUUAUAGCAAUAUUUUUAUGUAACGUAAUCAUUCUGUUUCACUUGUGCCCCUUCUUUAAGUGUCUUGGACGCUAAUUAGGUCUCACUUAUGUAUUGUUAAUGUUCAGCUACUUUCUUCAAUUACUCCUAAAUUACAAAUGCGAGUAUUUUUUGUGUCUACUUUUGUUUAUUCUGCAAUUAAUAAA